AUGACAACAAGACCAGCACGACUGUUCCGACGGCACGCGUUGGCAAAGCUCCGUUCUGGAAACUUGACAAACUAUUCUUCAACGUCACGGCCACCUAUACGAAGAUCACUGUCCACUACUCCCGGCAAGUCAGCCUCCCACAAACAACUACCCAACCGUCUGCCCCUCCAGGGUCUCAAGAUCCUCGACCUCACGCGCGUCCUUGCCGGCCCCUUCUGCACGCAGAUCCUCGCAGACUACGGCGCUUCGGUCUUGAAGGUCGAGCAGCCGGGGAUCGGCGACGAGACGCGGCAAUGGCGCACGCACAACGAGUCCCAGAAGUGGAAGGAUCAGUACAAGCUGAUGAGCCUGUACUUUGCGGCCGUGAACCGGAACAAGAAGUCCGUGACCGUCAAUUUCAAGGACGAGAGGGGGUGCGAGAUCGUGAGGAGGCUCGCGAGAGAGUGGGAGGACGGUGUCGACGUCGUGGUGCACAACUUUUUACCCGGCAAGAUGGAAAGCAUGGGCUUGGGGUACGAGCAGUUGAAGACGGCCUUGGGCGGUGAUGCCGGCGAGAAAUUGAUCUACGCCGCUGUUAGCGGGUAUGGUCCGUCCGGCCCAAGUGCGCAGAGAGCCGGUUAUGAUGCUAUUGCGCUGGCCGAGGCCGGGUUGUUGCAUAUCACCGGCCAAGAGAGCGGGCCUCCGUCAAAACCUGGCGUUGCAAUGGCUGACUUGUGCACGGGGUUGUAUACCCAUGGCGCUAUCCUUGCGGCCUUGUAUCAGAGGGACAGGACUGGAAAAGGCUGCUUGAUCAAUGGGAGUCUGUUUGAGAGUAGCCUGAGUCUGCUCAUUAAUGUUGGAUUGGCGAGUCUGAAUCUAGACCUUAAUAAAGGUCCUGAGCAAAGGCGAAGAGGAAAGAGACUAGGUUUAGAACAUCCUAGUUUGGUACCCUAUGGAGGGUUUGAAACGAGGGACAAGAAGAUGGUGUACGUGGCGGCGAAUAACAACAGACAAUGGAAAGGCUUUUGUGGACGCAUGGGUGUUGCUGGGUUAGGUGAAGACGAGAGAUUCAGCACGAACGACGGGCGGGUUGAGAACAGAGCGGAGAUCAAUCGGAUUCUGCAGGAGAAGUUCCGGGAAAAGACGAAAGAUGAGUGGAUGGCUGUGUUCGAAGGGAGUGGAUUGCCAUAUGGGGCGAUUAACGAUGUGGUUGAGGCAUUGGAACAUCCUCAAGCCCAAGCUCGAAAUAUGGUGUUCGAUGUGGAGGAUUUUGAAGCGGCAAGAGAUGGUGUUCUCAAGUUGAUUGGACCAGCCGUGAAGUUUGAGGGAGCACAAAUGAAUGUGAGGCUGAAGCCACCGCUGUUGGGCGAGCAUACCGAGCAGGUAUUAGGAGGGCUUGGAUAUGCCACUGAUGAGGUCGCCGAGUUGAGGAGGGCUGGAGUCGUCUGA